CUAGGCGUACUAGGUCUGUGUUCUCUUCGGAGUCCCUCUGUCGUUCCCCGACGUCUGGCGUGACAAUAUUCAAGUUUAUUUUUCGUUCGAGUGCGGUUGUGAUGUUGUGUUGCGUAUUGUGAAAAGUUAAACAGUUCUGCCUAGUGUGGCUAGUGUGCUAGUGUGGCGGACCAGAAUGAAACAAAUCAAAUUCAUUGUGUUGCGUAGUUUUCAAAAUUUACGUUUUAGACUUUUGGUUGUUGGAUGUCUCAGGAGCUUGGAACCUCUGUUUCAUGGCUGAAUCAUGGUACAGCACUGUUUGUUAACUGCUGGUGCCACCGUGUCGCUGCCAAUCUGCUGGAUUGCUUUUACACUGGAUAACACUCACUGCACGUAAGACUAUGCAGCGGUCGGGCAGGUUGCAUCUGAGGGAAGUGAAUCAGCAUCUGGUGUGUGUCUUGUGCGGGGGCUACUAUAUAGACGCCACGACUAUCGUCGAGUGCCUCCACUCCUUUUGUCGGAGCUGCCUCAUCAGAUAUCUGGAGAGCAACAGUUUCUGCCCCAUCUGCGACGUGCAGAUUCACAAAGCGAAACCGUUCCUCAAUAUCAAACCGGACAAGGCGCUGCAGGACAUCGUGUACAAGUUGGUGCCCGGCCUCUUCCAUGCCGAAAUGAGGCGUCGGCAUGAGUUCUACGCGAAGCACCCUGAACGCGCGAACGAGACGACGCCUGAGGGACGCGGGGUGGGCGUCGAGCGACUCAUCUACUCCCCUGACGACAGCAUCAGCCUCUCGCUUGAGUACCUCGACGGGGAACAUGAGGACUUGGGAUGCAUGUCCAGCCGAAGUUCUGUUAGCGACUCCAGUACGUCUGAGCAGGUAGCGGUCAGCAAGAGGUAUCUGCAGUGUCCUGCCCUGGUCACAAUUGCACACCUCAAGAAGUUCCUUAGACUCAAGUAUGAACUGAAUCCCAGUCACUCGGUGGAAGUGAUCCAUAUGUGGGAAUCUCUACCAGAUGAAUAUACGCUAAUGGACGUAGCCUAUAUCUACACAUGGAAGAGGAACGGCCCAAUGAAAUUCUUCUAUCGAAUCAGCCAAACCCAGAAAGACCUCGCUUCGUCUCUGGUCGAGAAACAGCUUCCUGCUGUUAUCAACUCAGCGUCUGCUGAACAAUCCUCUCCGACACCGCCCACUUCUCAGCUACCUUCAACUGUUUCUCGGUUACCAGAAACAAAUUCAUCAGACGGUGAACAUGAUUCUGAACGGUUGCCCAAAACAGCAGCCGUUCGAACCUCUGGAAAGUCAACACAAAUAGUGACCACAACAGUGUCCACACAUACACUAUCUGGCAAAGCGACAACAGUUUGUGCGCAGCCCGAAAUAGUCACAACUGUUACUAAGUCGAUCUCACAACCGUCCUCAACUGUUUUAAAAGAAAAUAUCGAAGAACUACCAACUCCUGUACAAAUAAAAUAUGCAGUGCCUACCACAACACCCCUUAAUAUAACCUCUUCACAGUUACCUCAAUCAACUCUCCCAGAAAUUGGCACACAGGGUCAUACGAGAUUUGUAACCAGUCCGCCUUUGAUAUCCAUUACCAAAACAACUUCAACCUCAAAUCCCAUGAAUCCAGUGACGUCACCAGAUGCGAAAACACCAGUACCGGCUCCUACGACAAUAAUUGGCAAAACUGAAUUGUCACCUUCGACAUCCGUUAGCAAAAGCUCUGUGCAGCAAGAGACGCCUUCUGUAACACUUACCACAGUUCGUCAACAACCUGCCCCGACAGUGCUUACAAAGCAACCGCCCGUUGUAGCAGACACUGGACUCACCACACCACAGGCAAGCACAGACACUGCUCUGAAGGAACUCAGUGGCAUUCAUGUCGCAAAAACAGCUGCACAGUCACCUUCCACAAAUGGAGCACCACCCUCAAAUAAAUCGUCUAACGACAGCAACUUUGCAAAUAAUGGCCACGUUUUAAGUGAUACAGUUCCUGGUAACAAUAAACCAAAACCUUCUUCACCUCCUCCUCCUCCUCCUCCUCCUGUUCGUCCCGGUAAUGCUGAUGGCAAAAUUUUGCCUGCACAUAUGCAGCCCGCCGGGAAUUUUACAGUUAAGUGUGAAGAAACUGCAGGGGUCAGCUUCAUGGACAGAUUGCUCACUGAAGUCAACAACAAAACUGCGACUGAGUCAGGCAUUGCCACAUACGCACCUCCGGAUACAGUGAGUAAAGUCAAACCUCCUUCUUCAAAGCAUGCUCAGCAACGUACUCAGAUGUUUGCUACGAAGUCUUCCCCCUUUAUUAAGGUAACGCCCGACGCUACCAAUAACAAAAUACAUCUUAGCACAGCCAAAUUUCCGGCAAAUAAAGAAGCUACUAGAUUACCUUGCAUAAGUCAGAAGGUAACGGACAAACAUGCUAGUAACUGUUUAACCUUGCGAAAGGACAAAGUUGAAGAUAGUAACAAAAAGGAUUUUAGAAAAGAGUCGACUAAUAACAUAUCAGCACCAGAGAAGAGGCAAGAAAAGCAGAGCACGAAGAGCACUCCUUUGGCCUCUAACAAUAGUAACACUAACAAUAAUAACAUUAAAGUGCCCCAACAAAGUAUACAAGUCAUAAAGAAUAACCAGCAGAUCUUGAAGAAGAAUGAUGAAAUAAUGCGUUGUUCUAACAAUUUUAAGCGGACGACACAUAUCUUGCCGAGGAAACCACAGGACAUGCUGAAGGCAUGCGGUGUUCCAGCUCGAGCCCAAGAAGAUAAGUCGAUUUCGAAAAAACGAUGUGUACUUGCUGCAAAUCCAGUGAAGCGACCUUUGGGUAAUCCAGCUGAUGCAACAGAACAGAAGGAUAUGGAACCCGUUGCCAAGAAGUGGCGCCUCGGUGUUGAAAAUAACCAUAAUGCAAUUCACGUCGCCCAAAAGUCAAAUGAGUUGAAAGUAAAAAAUAUUCCCAGUUCCGGUGAAUGCCAGGCUCCUAAAAAGGUCACACAAAAGUCCGAUGCUUCAGAGGUCUCUCCGAUUGUCUCUAAGGGCAGUAACGCCCAUUUCCAGUUACCCGCGCAUAUCGAAAAGACAGAACUUCAAAAGAAUCACAGCCUACACAAGAACAGCCUUGCUGAUAACGUGCGGUCUUCUGUUACACUGCAGCGACCCGCUCAUAACAAUCAAACCAAUGUCUUCUCAAAACAGUACGACAUCCAAUGUCGAGAUCCAACCUCCAAGUUUGAGACCACAUCUCCAAAAUCUGACGUCAUAUUAUCCCAAGUACCUGGAUCUUCUGCUUGCGUGCGAAAUGUGCAAAGUACUCCAGUAUCUGUUCCCGCUGCAGCGCACUGCAAUGCAAGUUCCAGAUUACAGCCACCAGCCCUCCCAGAUGGGGAACGCAGCAACGGUGGUGCUCUGGACCUCUCUGCAUCUCCACGUCGCCAGCAGCAAGGCAAUAUCUUAUCCAUUGCCCAAACACUGGCUCGUCGUCAUCAACAGCAUUGUCCUUCCCCUGCACCGCCCCCUCUGUCUCCCUUGUCAUCUCUUUCCCCUUUUCCGGUGAUGUCUCUACCGGUCCGUUCUCCACCUCCGCAGCUCCGCAUUCCUGUACCACAGCAUCACCGUUCAGGCCACUCGCAACAACAGCGUCCUUCAUCGUUAUCUUCGUCCUCGCCUUCUCCGCCUGCUGAUAUACUGCCUGGUUGUUCCAGAAGUGGACUUCAGCAACAGCAGCCACUGGACAUGUACCCGCCCCACCUACUCCCUUCUUCCGCCGUCAUGUUUCGGCAGCAGCUUGAGAUGCAGCGACUUUGGAAUUCAGGCAAGCACAGUCCAAAUCCACGCAUGGAAUGGUUUAAUGAUGCCAAAUCAAUGAAAUCAUUUGACAACUUCAUGAAAACUCUACAGCAGCAACAGCAGGGCAACCGGAGCUCUUCAUUUUAUCCAUAUAAUAACAACACGACUGCAGCACCCAACAGCCACCGGAAGUGACAAGAAGUUGAACAUUUGUCAGAAACGAAGAAAAGAGACGUUGGAAUUGCCCCAAAGUUGGGGGUGGAGGGUGGUCAACAGUGAGUAAUGUUAAGUUGUCACUGUCACCCCACACAAGCGUUGAAGUCCCGCGCAUUCACUGGAGCGGUCGGUAGGUGGGGGUGAGUGACCAACUGCACAGUCCUGCAGCAGUAACUCCGAGGAAAUACCCCCAGAAACUAGGGCCGGCUGGGUAUGGUAUUGAGAAUCGAACCCCGCCACCAAGUUCAUCCUGUAGUGGGCGAGGGUGAUGCCUGGAAUUCUCCAAUUUCUAAUUUCCCUUUGGAAAUGAGCCUUUGUUGUAUAUUUAACAAAACUCACAAAAAUAGUUCCUGAUUGUUUUUAUGUGUAAUAUAUGUAACAUAUCUGGUUGGUCGCCUAACGUUAUAACUUCUAAAGUCUGUGUUAAAGAAGUCUUAGCGAGGAACACUUGAAGUUUUAACAUGUUACGGAAGAAUAUAAAAAUUCAAAUAAAAAUAUUUUGAUUGAC